UGGGAAGGGCCCGCGGUUUCGGCGGGUUCCGUUAAAAUGGCGGCCUGGUCGCCGGCGGUGCCCGAGAGGCCGUAGCCCGUCGGGGACGACCGGAGCCUGCGUGGCGUGGGGCGUGGGGCGUGCGAGAGCCGGGGGGCUCUGCGGGGCCCCCGCGGGCGGUCCCAGGCGAGGAUGGCGACCCCGGACCAGAAGUCGCCGAACGUCCUGCUGCAGAACCUGUGCUGCCGGAUCCUGGGCAGGAGCGAAGCUGACGUAGCCCAGCAGUUCCAGUACGCAGUACGGGUUAUUGGCAGCAACUUUGCCCCAACCGUCGAAAGAGAUGAAUUUCUCGUAGCCGAAAAAAUCAAGAAAGAACUUAUUCGGCAGAGAAGAGAAGCGGACGCUGCGUUGUUUUCAGAGCUCCACAGAAAGCUUCACUCACAGGGAGUUUUGAAAAAUAAAUGGUCAAUUCUCUACCUCUUGCUCAGCCUUAGUGAGGAUCCACGCAAGCAGCCAAACAAGGUCUCCAGCUAUGCUGCGUUAUUUGCUCAAGCAUUGCCGAGAGAUGCGCACUCGACUCCCUACUACUACGCCAGGCCGCAGACGCUCCCGCUGAACUACCAGGACCGCGGCACACAGUCGGCACAGAGCUCGGGCAGCGUGGGGAGCAGCGGCAUCAGCAGCAUUGGUGUGUACGCCCUGAAUGGCCCGACCCCACCGCCACAGCCUCUCCUGCCGGGACAGCCUCAUCACACUCCCGGAGUUGGAGACUGUCUUCGGCAGCAGUUGGGGUCACGUCUUGCAUGGACUUUAACUGCAAGCCAGCCUUCUUCACAAACCACUACCUCAAAAGGUCUCCCAAACACUGUUUCUCGCAACGUGACAAGACCAAGGAGGGAAGGGGAUGCCAGUGGUGCUGGGGAAGUUACGGAGGCGGCCCUUGUGCGGGACAUUGUGUACGUCUUCCAGGGCAUAGAUGGCAAGCAUGUCAAGAUGGACAGCGUGGAGAACCGCUACAAAGUGGAGGCAAAGGCAAACCUAAGUAAAUCUUUGAGGGAUACGACAGUCAGACUUGCUGAGUUGGGAUGGUUGCAUAACAAAAUCAGAAAAUACACUGACCAGAGGAGUCUAGACCGUUCGUUUGGACUUGUGGGUCAGAGCUUUUGCGCGGCCUUGCAUCAGGAACUGAAGGAAUACUACCGAUUGCUGUCUGUCUUACAUUCCCAGCUACAGUUAGAGGAUGAUCAGGGGGUGAACUUGGGCCUUGAGAGUAGCUUGACGCUCCGGCGCCUCCUGGUUUGGACGUACGACCCCAAGAUAAGACUGAAGACUCUCGCGGCCCUGGUGGACCACUGCCAAGGGAGGAAAGGAGGUGAGCUGGCCUCUGCUGUCCACGCGUACACGAAGACGGGGGACCCGUACGUGAGGUCCCUGGUGCAGCACAUUCUCAGCUUAGUGUCACAUCCUGUGCUGAGUUUCCUGUACCGCUGGAUAUACGACGGGGAGCUCGAGGACACGUAUCACGAAUUUUUCGUAGCCUCGGAUCCAGCCGUCAAGACAGACCGGCUGUGGCAGGACAAGUACACUCUGCGGAGAUCGAUGAUCCCCUCCUUUAUUACGAUGGACCAGUCCAGGAAGGUCCUUUUGAUCGGAAAAUCAAUAAAUUUCCUGCACCAGGUUUGUCAUGACCAGACACCCACUACAAAGAUGAUAGCUGUGACCAAGUCUGCCGACUCCCCCCAGGAUGCUGCAGAUUUGUUCACAGAUUUGGAGAAUGCGUUUCGGGGCAAAAUCGAUGCUGCUUACUUUGAGACCAGCAAGUAUCUGUUGGACGUUCUUAACAAAAAGUACAGCUUGCUGGACCACAUGCAGGCUGUGAGGCGCUACCUGCUCCUUGGCCAAGGGGACUUCAUCAGGCACUUAAUGGACUUGCUCAAACCAGAACUUGUCCGUCCAGCUACGACUUUGUAUCAACACAACUUGACUGGAAUUCUUGAAACCGCCGUCAGAGCCACCAACGCCCAGUUUGACAGCCCUGAGAUCCUCAAGAGACUGGAUGUGAGGCUGCUGGAGGUCUCUCCAGGUGACACCGGGUGGGACGUUUUCAGCCUGGACUACCACGUCGAUGGGCCAAUUGCCACGGUGUUCACGCGAGAGUGCAUGAGCCACUACCUCAGGGUGUUUAACUUCCUCUGGAGGGCAAAGCGGAUGGAGUACAUCCUCACGGACAUCCGCAAGGGACACAUGUGCAAUGCCAAGCUCCUGAGGAACAUGCCAGAGUUCUCCGGGGUGCUGCACCACUGCCACAUCCUGGCGUCCGAGAUGGUCCAUUUCAUCCACCAGAUGCAGUAUUACAUCACAUUCGAGGUGCUUGAGUGUUCUUGGGAUGAGCUUUGGAACAAGGUGCAGCAGGCCCAGGACCUGGACCACAUCAUCGCCGCACACGAGGUGUUCCUGGACACCAUCAUCUCCCGCUGUCUGCUGGAUGCCGACUCCAGAGCACUUUUAAAUCAACUAAGAGCCGUGUUUGAUCAGAUCAUCGAACUUCAGAACACUCAAGAUGCGAUAUACAGAGCGGCUCUGGAAGAGUUACAGAGACGAUUACAGUUUGAGGAGAAAAAGAAACAGAAUGAAGUCGAGGGCCGGUGGGGAGUGACGGCAGCAGAGGAGGAGGAGGAGAACAGGAGGAUUCAAGAGUUUCGAGAAUCUAUCCCGAAAAUGUGCUCGCAGCUGCGGAUACUGGCCCAUUUCUACCAGGUGCUGGCAGGGCCCGGACCACACUGGUGUGUUCCUGCAGUAGACCAUUGCCAUCAGAAUGGGUGUGGUGCAGCAGUUCCUGGUGCUGCUGACGACCAGCUCCGACGAGAGCCUGCGCUUCCUGAGCUUCAGGCUGGACUUCAACGAGCACUACGAGGCCCGGGAGCCGAGGCUGCGGGUGUCCCUGGGCUCCCGUGGGCGUCGUGGCUCUCACGCGUGAGCCCUCCCGUAUCCCCCGGCGCCGCCUGUGCCGGGGACUGCGGGUUGAGGUGAACACGCUCGCGUGCGAACCUGCGAGGCCACCGGUGUGCUGCCCACGAGCCCCUGAAGCUCCUGGGGGCACGGCAUCUGUCACAUCCAAAUCUUGUCGUCACACACGGAGUGGAUGUAUUUGUAACGUCACCGAGUUACAUAGGCCCGUUUGCACUACUCAAGUUUGUUUUUUAACGUCUUCGUAUUUACGAGAUACCAUACUUCGUUGAGGCUUCUUAAGCUCUCCAUGAUAUAAUUUAUAUUUGUCACUUUUUGAGAAAUCCCUGUUGCUUUUAGAGAAAAUUAGAGCAAAUGGAUGUUCAUCACUUAAGAUGGUAAUUUUGUUCUUGCUAUUUUUUUAACCUCCUCCUUAGAGGCAAUUUUUGUUAUAUGAUCAAGUUCAAUUGAAACAGAAUGUCCCUGCUAAGAAAAUAUACAGAGCAUUUUAUUUUGGUCUGUAGUGUGUAAAAUGUCAACUUCUGUAAGAACGUUUACACGUUUAUCCUUCUUUCAAAGUUUACAUUUUUAUAUUUAAUUUACUCUUUCAGAUAACUACUCUAAAAUAGCGUAGGACGUCCCGGUGAUCUGAACAGCCACCCUCAAGCCCAGAUUUCCUCAGCCGUCGGGACGAUGUAAAUAGAGACUAGAGAGUGAACGAACUAUUUUAUUUUCAAAUUCUGAUGAGCAUUUUAAAGAAACUGACAUGAAUACGGAAGGCUUCCUUUUCCCUUGCCUAUUUUUUCAUUGUAAAUAUUUAUAUACUGACCAGGUGUGGGGAACUGUUUUUUGUAAAAACGUCAUCAAGUCACAUAAAUCCGCCUUUAUUAUGUUGCAUAAGUGAAACUUAGAAAAUUAAAAGCGGUCUUUCAGCUGUA